ACAAACAACGACGAAACUCCAAUCAACUUGAUUCAAGGGGAAAACUUAUUCCAAUACCACAAACGCCUAUUCUUCGUUGCAGAAAUAGCGGGUCGACUCGGCAAUUGGACUAUCUGGACUCAACAACAUCGUUACUUCUUCACAAAGAGGUUUCAAGUUCGGUAAAGAAAUCAGAGCACCAGAUGUUGCAUUCAGACCUAAAGAAACCUAUCGUGCCUGGAGGAGAACUAGGAAUAUUGGUUGAGGAAAUCUACACAUUCAGGAACCGAAAUGGUAUUGUGAAUCAUUGCAAACAUGGUUGGUGCAAUGCUUAUUGUAAUGAGGUCUUACCAGAAAUCCGGUUGAAGAGGAUCCAUCUCACAAAUUACACCCCGGAUAAAGGUGCAUUACCACGAAAGUGGAUGGAUGCACUACCACGAAGACAGGGUUUUAAACUGAACUUUAAAGUCCAGUGGUCAAUGGCGCAGUAUUGGGCUAAGUCCAGUAGAGUUCAAUUGACAACCCUGGGUAGAGUUGCACUACCACGAAGACAUACUACCAUGAAGGUAGCUACCACGAAGGUGAAGAGGUGGAUGCACUACCGCGAAG